AUGUCGAAGCCGAUCGCGAUCCACCGCUCGGCCUCGCACACGCCGUCGAUGCUCGUCAACUCGAAGAAGUACCUCUCCGACCGACCACAACUUCUCGAUUGCCCCCGAUGUCGGCAUCACGGCGACACGGAGGUGCGCUUCGUGGUCGGCUUCUUCACGUACGUCUCGUUCCUGGUGAUCCUCAUCUGUGGCGUAUUCGUGCUGCCCCUGUUCUUCGUCUGGGUGCCCUUCGUCCUCGACGCGUUCAAGGACGUUGAACACUACUGCCCGAGCUGCAAGGCAUGGAUCGGAACGUACCGUCGACUCGGCAAGAGCACU